AUGGGUAAUACUGGGUCGUCUUCUGGCAAGCAUUCUCAUAGCCACAAUAUUCGGGACGAAAUAGUCGACUUUGGUUAUCUUUCUCCUCAAGGGAUCUAUACCGGACCUCAAGAUUGGAACCAAGAAUUAGUCGGGAAACUAAUUGUCGAUCGAAAACUUGCACCCUUUUAUCGUCCGCUUGAGGAUUAUGAGCCUGACUGGGACGACGAUACCAUCUUGAGGAACCGGAAGCUCAAACCAGGAGAAGAAUCUUUACCUCCGUCUGUAACUUUACCCGUUUCUGGCCCAUCUUUUUCGGGAAAAGGGAGUGCUAAAGGCAAGGGAGUCGCAGACCGGCGCGAACAACAGAGGAUGUCGGAGGCCGAGGUUUAUCGUGGUGCGAUCGAAUGUCCCAUCUGUUUUAUGUAUUAUCCACCUAAUAUUAAUCGCUCUCGCUGCUGUGACCAAGCGAUUUGUACAGAGUGUUUCGUGCAGAUCAAACGCGCCGAGCCAACGACUACUCACAUCGUGAGCGAGCCUGCUGCAUGCCCUUAUUGUGUACAGGAGAACUUCGGAGUCACGUAUGAGCCUCCAAGCUGGAGAGCCGGACUUGUGCUCAGUUCAUCGGGAUCUCCUUCCCGACCCGAGCUACCCCGCCUUGGCGGUUCUGCAAUUUCGACUGCUUCUGGCGAGUCUCAAGGGCAUCUUACUGCUGAGCGUUCCCGACGCAAGUCGAUUCCCCACCAAUCUGUAGAAGUUGUUACCAUCGAUUAUAUUCGUCCUGACUGGGAAGCAAAGCUUGAAGCUGUCCGAGCCACCGUGGCUAGACGUGCUAAUCGACGGAUUGUAAUGCGUCAAGUUGGAGACCGUUUGAUCCCUGUCGGCAUCACUAGUGGGCGCGUGGUUCCUGUUAAUAUUGGCGAAGGCGACACGGGCGGGAGUGGGAGACGAGGUCGCCGACAGCGGCCUGCCACAUCUGGAGAACUGCCAAUGCCUGAUUUGGAAGAGUUGAUGAUGAUGGAGGCUAUGCGGUUGUCUUUGCUUGAACAUGAGGCACAACAGCGUCGGGAGCGUGAAGCUGGAGCCCGUGGCGCGGAUUCCAGUUCUAGAACUGCGUCAUCUCGCGAGAUCGCCAAUUCAUCGCCAGACCCAGCUUCCGGGUUGCAGCAACAAGUCCACGAAGAACAUCAGCCCAGUCAUACAAAUUCCUCUCUUUCUGUGACUAGCACUGGUCUUGCUGCAAGCCUCGAUCCUAGCACUUUGCAGCCAAACUCUUCUCAUUCAGAGCCUACCGCGGACCGCCAGUCGUCUACAGUCUCGCCUCGCGAGUCGCUCGAUCCCUCCCAAGCCGGACCAUCUUCGCAUCGCCGUAGUGGUAGUGGUCCACUUCAAGCAGCGCCUUCUCCAUUAGGCGGUGCUGCCACCCUUGCUAUGGCAGUCGGUUUUCCUUCCGCGUCCGACUUGUCGGGGGAGGUUACAGAGGAAUCGGGGUUCCCAUCAAGGACCCUGAAUACAUUGUCUGCUGCAGUUAGUGCGUCAAGCAUCCCCGCGGUCAUCCUCGGCUCCAGUCCAGAUGAUCGCCCAGAGCACGAAACCGGAACCUCAAAGUCUGAAGCUGGGGAACUUCCAGUUGAUCACUCAUCACUUGGCGAGUCUCACAGUGGUAACUCUCCGCUAGCCCACCAGGAACAAGUUACCACUAUUGCAUCAUCUGGCUCUGUACCUAACCCCCAUUCAGCUUUACCAUUGACCAUGGUCCCAUCCAAUUCGACCAACCACAAUCCAUCAAAGUCAUCCGCUGCCUUUCUAUCGACCGAUGCUCGUACAGCUACUGAAAGCUCGGUCCGAACGACCGAUACUCAACAAUCUAUAGGAGAUAACUAUAGUGUCUUGCCAUCAUCGCCAGAGACGGAAACCGAGCAGCCCUUGAUCUCGGAGCCUUCUAAUCUCGCGCGCCCCGAUACAGGAGACUCAUACCAUGCUCUAGGUGGCCCGAGCACAGCUUAG